AUAACUCCGAACCAGGCACGGAUUUGGAGAAACCCCCGGGUUUUAUCUCAGCUGCCCGAGGCUGGAUCGCUAACGGGCUGCACGUGCAAAGGAAGCUGAAUGGGGCUUGUAAACUUCUAAAGGCUUCUCUAUCACCACCACCUCUAUCUGUCCACUUUAUUUCCCUGCACCCUUUCAAAAUAAACAAACACAUAGAUUGUCACGUGGAAUUGGAACGACAUUGCUACGUUAUGGAAGAUUUUUUGGCUGGCUGGAUCGGGGGUGCUACAAGUGUUAUUGUGGGUCAUCCUCUGGACACAGUUAAGACUCGCUUGCAAGCUGGAACAGGAUAUGGAAACACAUUAAAUUGUGUUCUCACUGUGUAUAAAAAGGAAAGUGUGACUGGAUUCUUUAAAGGGAUGUCUUUUCCAUUGGCAAGCAUUGCUGUCUACAGCUCUGUGGUAUUUGGUGUCUUCAGCAAUACUCAGAAGUUCCUUACACAGUACCGCUCUGGAGAGUCUAGCCAUUCACCCUCCCUGUCAGAUCUAAUUCUGGCUAGCAUGCUGUCAGGUGUGGUUUCAGUAGGACUUGGAAGUCCUGUGGACCUGAUUAAGAUAAGGCUACAGAUGCAAACACAGCCCUUUCUUAAAGCAAACCUCCAUUUGAAGCCCAGACCAAAGGAUCUUUGGAACCAACCUAAGUACCAGGGGCCUAUUCACUGCAUGACAUCAAUUAUCCGGAACGAGGGCUUAGUGGGACUCUACCGGGGGGCCAAUGCCAUGCUUCUAAGAGAUGUCCCAGGCUAUUGCCUCUACUUCAUCCCUUAUGUGUUUAUCUACGAAUGGAUCACUCCAGAGAACUACACAACCUCCAAUCCCUAUACAGUGUGGUUGGCAGGGGGCAUUGCAGGAGCAAUUUCUUGGGGAACUGCAACUCCCAUGGAUGUUGUAAAAAGUCGACUCCAAGCUGAUGGGGUGUAUUGCAAUAAGUACAAGGGGGUCAUGGAUUGUAUCUCCCAAAGCUACCAGAAGGAAGGACUUAAAGUAUUUUUCAGAGGAAUCACUGUGAAUACCAUUCGGGGGUUCCCAAUGAGUGCCACCAUGUUUCUUGGAUAUGAACUUUCACUUCGGAUAUUGAGGAGAGACCAAACAGUGACAAAUUCUUGAGCUCCAGGUCAACUUCCUUCUUCCCCAUUUGUUUGCGUGAUGUCAUCUGAGCAGAACUUUUUAUUCACCUGAGCCAAAUCACAAACUAUCCUCUGAAACUUGGAGAUUCUGGAAAAUAGUUUCAUGGGACACACACUUCCUGGGCUGAAAACUAGCUCCCAUCUCACAUUUUUGCAUCCUUUAUGCCUUCAGAAAAAGAUAUUCAGCAAAUCAGCCUUUUAAAGAUCUUUCACUCACAAAUUUUAAGCACCUCAAUCAUAAUUCCCUAGGCGAGAGUCAAGGAAUACAACACAUAGUCAAUGGAACAUAUCUCCUUUUCUAUGAAGGGAAAGUAUUAUUAACAUUCAUUCAUUUUGCAUCUAAGUAACUGGGUUAAAUAUUGGGUCAUUCUUAUCAAGGUAUGGUGGACCUAGUUCACUAUAACUUUCUUAAACUCUUUUCUCUCUUUGUGAACUUUGAAGCUGUCACUAAGAUUUGAAAUAAAACAUUAAAAAUUCUACAAAGAUAUUUUUUUGUGAUGUACAUAGUUGCAUCUUUGUUUCUGGAGUCCUUGGAGCAGGGAUUUCUCUCCUUAAAGCCGGGAUCAGAAGAUUCUAACUAGAAAGUUAGAAAGAAUUUUGGGAAUCAUAAGAUCAUAGACCUAGCAGGGAAAGGGAACCUGAGGCACCUGAGGAUACAUGACUUGCCCAGAAUCUCACAUUGUCUGAGACAGGUUUCAAACUUAAGUAGAUGUGCCUGAAUCCCGAGCCAAUGUGAGCCCAAGAAAACUUUAAGGCAAGCAAUAAUAAAGGCUGCUAAUAAUUAACUCAUUUUGCUUCUUGGCUACCUUUGGUUUGGAUUAAAAGUGGACUUAUAAAUUUUCCUCAUGAAGUUUUUAAUUUAAUAUUCACAUACCAAUGAUUCAUUGCCUGAUCUAACCAUACUUUCAUUUGAAAAAUGAUCACUGUUGGGAGUAUUGCAGAAAAUAUUUCCUACCUUUCUGCCAUUAAAAUUAGCACUUCCACAACUUAAAAAAGAACUCCAGUAAGACAUUCUGAGUUUUGGCAAAUUUAAAGGCAAUGAUCACUCUCUGAGCUUUCUG